CCGCCAUGACGGGUUGGGUCUAAAGGGAACGGGGCUGCCUGUCUGCUCUGCGACCGGGAAAAUACAAGGCAAGGAGGGCUGGGCUGGGCGCCGCCAUGACAACCUGAUACCGGAAAAGGCGGGGCUAUCCUCCCUCAUUGAUCCUCCUCCGGCAUCGGCCUCAAGAUGCAGGCGGCCCUGGAGAUCACUGCUCGCUAUUGUGGCCGGGAGCUGGAGCAGUACGGCCAGUGUGUGGCAGCCAAGCCUGAGUCAUGGCAACGAGACUGUCACCACCUUAAGAUGAGCAUUGCUCAGUGCACGUCCGCCCACCCAGUCAUCCGGCAGAUCCGCCAGGCCUGUGCGGAGCCUUUUGAGGCCUUUGAGGAAUGUCUUAGACAGAACGAGGCAGCCGUGGGCAACUGUGCAGAACAUGUGCGCCGCUUCCUGCAGUGUGCCGAGCAGGUGCAGCCGACACACACCCCCUCUACCGCAGAGGCACAGCCACUUCCUGCCUCCUGAGGACCCUUCAGACCGUGGGAGAACUGGACAUGAGUGACUGCACUUGAUGCCUCCACUGCUGAAGAGUGGCCAGGUGGAGUCCUGAGGGCUGUGGACAUGGGCCUGGCUUCCCUGGACAUCAGGACUCACAAUAAAUAAAGACUAUACCAGGCUUUGGUUCCUGCCUUCAGCACCUGCGGGGCCCUGUUCCCCAGCUUCACCUAGUGUGCCAAGGAGGGGCCUGGGGCAUGGGGCAAGCUGCUCUGUCUGUUCACCAGGGUUAAGGCGACCCCUCUUCCCCCUUCAGCUCUGCCAACAUCAAUUUCCUGCCUCCUGCUGCACGGAUACGGAGAAGGGCUCCUUCUCACCUUAACUGGAGCAUUUACAAGUCUUCAUUGAGUGUUUCCUUGAGGCUUGGGGGCAAUAAAUAACACACCUCCUUCCCUCCUGAGUUCAGAACCAGUUGAGCAAUAGACAUGGGCAUGAGGCAAUGCAGGUGAAAACACUGGCUCUUGUAUUGAAAACAGCUGCACUGACGGAUGUGGCUUAGAGUUUGCUGCACUGGACUUCUCUUCUGUCUUGGUUUGCAUCCUUCCAGAGUCCAACCCGGAGAAUCUGAGUGCAGGUAGUAUCCGGGGGCAUCCAGGAAUACUCGUAGGGAAGUGGAGAGGUGUGACAGAGAGGAAGGCAGCCAAUAAAAGGUGCAUUAUCAAGCCGGUUACUGCUGUGGGCAACUGAGGCUCAGUCCCACCUGGGACUUCUGGGAGAUGGCACAGAACAUACCUCAGCUUCCCCAUCCCAGGGGCAGGGAAGUUGGGGUGUAUGUACACCAACUCCCCAUCUGACAUUGAGGGAUGUUUUCCUGGGCAUUGACCGCCCUAUGCGUGGUCAAGUGCCCUCCUGCCACCAAGAGAGGGCCCUGCGCAGAGAGCAGGGGGGAGUCAAGUGAGCAGCCUUCAGCACACAGGAGAGGGUGCUGAGUGGAUCAGGAGAAGACAUUGAAGAUAACACGGUGACCUCGAUGCGGCAGUGUGAGGUGCUGGCGAGAAAAAGGGGGGAAAUGCAG